AAUCCGUAUGCAUCAAGUAGCUGUCUGCUGUGUUCAUAAUGUCCAAAAUGGAAAAGUGCUUACAUCUGAGAUUAUUAGAAUCUCGAUAGACUACUUUAACCCCAUACUCCUUUUUUUCACCCUUUUCUCUCCCUUUCUCUAUGCUCUGUCGGACUUCGUCAUCUUCGGCUGCCCUCCUCCUCCUCCUCCAGACCCCUCUCUCUCUUUCCGCCGAUUAGGGUUUCUCCGGUUCCCAGCUCAGAUUUUGGCUUCACGGUUGCGAGUUAGAGUCUGGCUGGAUGGCGAUGAACGAGCGGAAGACCAUUGAUUUAGAACAAGGAUGGGAGUUCAUGCAGAAGGGGAUCACAAAGCUGAAGAACAUUCUAGAAGGGUUGCCCGAGCCGCAGUUCAGUUCUGAGGACUACAUGAUGCUCUACACAACCAUAUACAAUAUGUGCACUCAAAAGCCACCACAUGACUAUUCACAGCAGCUAUAUGACAAGUACAGGGAAUCUUUUGAAGAGUACAUUACUUCGACGGUUUUGCCAUCUUUGCGAGAGAAGCACGAUGAGUUCAUGUUGAGAGAGCUUGUCAAAAGGUGGACCAACCAUAAAAUUAUGGUCAGGUGGCUAUCUCGUUUCUUUCAUUAUCUUGAUCGCUAUUUUAUAGCUCGGAGAUCACUUCCACCUCUAAAUGAAGUUGGACUUACUUGCUUCCGAGAUCUGGUCUACCAAGAAUUGAAACCAAAAGUAAGAGGUGCUGUAAUAUCUCUGAUUGAUCAAGAACGUGAAGGAGAGCAGAUUGAUCGAGCUCUCUUGAAGAAUGUUCUGGAUAUAUUUGUUGAGAUUGGAAUGGGACAAAUGCAUCACUAUGAAAAUGACUUUGAAACAGACAUGCUUAAAGACACUGCUGCCUAUUACUCUCGAAAAGCUUCCAACUGGAUCUUAGAAGACUCUUGUCCAGAUUAUAUGCUGAAAGCAGAGGAGUGUUUGAAACGGGAAAAAGAUAGAGUUUCUAACUACUUGCACUCUAGUAGUGAGCCAAAGCUGCUUGAGAAAGUUCAACAUGAGCUGUUGUCUGUUUAUGCAACCCAACUACUUGAGAAAGAGCACUCAGGUUGCCAUGCAUUGCUUCGAGAUGACAAGGUGGAUGAUCUGUCUAGAAUGUUCAGGCUAUUUUCUAAGAUACCUCGAGGUUUGGAUCCUGUUUCUCAAAUAUUCAAGCAGCAUGUUACUGCUGAAGGAACAGCCUUAGUCAAACAGGCAGAAGAUGCAGCAAGCAACAAGAAGGCAGAGAAAAAGGAUGUGGUUGGUUUGCAGGAACAGGUUUUUGUUAGAAAAGUGAUUGAGCUGCAUGAUAAGUACAUAGCAUAUGUCAAUGAAUGUUUCCAAAACCAUACUCUUUUCCACAAGGCCUUAAAGGAGGCUUUUGAGAUCUUUUGCAACAAGGGUGUUGCUGGAAGCUCUAGUGCGGAACUACUUGCCACUUUUUGUGAUAACAUUCUUAAGAAAGGUGGGAGUGAAAAGUUGAGUGAUGAAGCCAUUGAGGAGACACUUGAGAAGGUAGUAAAGCUGCUGGCUUAUAUUAGUGACAAAGACCUGUUCGCGGAGUUCUAUAGGAAAAAGCUUGCUCGACGUCUUCUUUUUGACAAGAGUGCUAAUGAUGACCAUGAGAGAUGUAUUUUGACAAAACUGAAGCAACAAUGUGGUGGUCAGUUUACCUCAAAGAUGGAUGGAAUGGUUACUGAUUUGACAUUGGCCAAGGACAACCAAGUUGGCUUUGAGGAGUAUCUGAGAAAUAAUCCACAGGCAAAUCCUGGUAUUGAUUUGACAGUUACUGUCUUGACCACUGGCUUCUGGCCAAGCUACAAGACUUUUGACCUCAAUCUACCCCCAGAGAUGGUUAAGUGCGUAGAACUUUUCAGGGAAUUCUAUCAAACGAAGACAAAACACAGAAAGCUUACAUGGAUGUACUCACUGGGUACUUGUAACAUCAUUGGGAAAUUUGAACCAAAAACCAUAGAGCUUAUUGUGACAACUUAUCAGGCUUCAGCCCUGCUGUUAUUCAAUACCUCAGAUAGACUGAGUUACUCGGAGAUUAUGACUCAGUUAAACUUGACUGAUGAUGAUGUUGUAAGACUACUCCAUUCCUUGUCAUGUGCCAAGUAUAAGAUCCUGAACAAGGAACCAAACACAAAAACUAUCUCUCCCACCGAUUACUUUGAGUUUAACGCUAAGUUUACUGACAAAAUGAGGAGGAUCAAGAUUCCACUUCCACCGGUGGAUGAGAAGAAGAAAGUAAUUGAAGAUGUUGACAAGGACAGAAGGUAUGCCAUCGAUGCAUCAAUUGUGCGUAUUAUGAAGAGCCGUAAAGUUUUGGGUCAUCAGCAGUUGGUUAUGGAGUGCGUAGAGCAGCUAGGUCGCAUGUUCAAGCCCGAUUUCAAAGCAAUAAAAAAGAGGAUCGAAGAUCUAAUCACAAGAGACUACUUAGAACGGGACAAAGACAACCCCAAUUUGUUUAGGUACUUGGCAUGAUGCAGUCUAAGUUGAUCAUCCUUCAAAUGGCGUGGUAUCUCUUGCUGCUACAAUUAGCACAAGAAGUUGGUUCAAGCAGUGGACGCUUGUUGCCAAUUCCUCGGUGACCAAUAGUGAUUGCUUAAAAAGCAUGAGCCGAGAAUACUUUGUGCAUUUUGCCCUUGGAGCAAGGUAUGGAUGGCUAAUAUGGGUGGUGCACUCUUGCUGGGGAAAUCUGUAACUGACUUCGUAAUACGGUCCCGGUGCACCAUGGGACCGUAUCGUAUCUUUGUUUAAUUAUUGCAUUAUCUUCCAUCGCAUGACUAUACCAAUCCAUCUUUGUUACCUGUCUCUCUGCCCCACUGGAAGGAGGCGUACUUUCGGUCCCAGUGUGUCCACUUGAAAUUGCAUGUCGACGAUCAGAUAUCAAAUUUAUCAGGUGGGUGCUUUGUCUUGAUUGCAAAACACAUGGCUUGUGAACUCCGAAUUUGUCAAAUAUGAUUACAAGAUGCUUAUGCUCUUCUGCUUCA